UUCGAGGGCGUCGCUCCCUCCCUCCCCACCCCGCUACCCCACAGACUCGCGGGGAGGGAGCGCCCCUUCCAGACCUACCUUGUCAAGCACUCUGCUCUCCCUUGACAGGAAAACUAAGAAGGAAAGAAUGGCUGUGGAUUUGCUGCCUGCUCAGAUGACAGAGUCAGUGACGUUUAGGGAUAUAGCUGUGCUCUUCAGCCGGAACGAGUGGUUGCACCUGGACUCUGCCCAGAGAACCUUGUACCGGGAGGUGAUGCUGGAGAACUACAGCACCCUGGUCUCGCUGGGGAUUCCAUUUUCAAUGCCAAAGUUGAUCUGCCAGCUGCAACAUGGAGAAGAUCCCUGUAUGGUGGAAAGAGAAAUCCCUCAAGAUACCUGCCUAGGUGAGUUCAAGACAUGGCCUGAAAUAGAAGCACUGCCUCCCGAAGAGGACAUUUCUAUAGAAGAAACAUCAGGAAUAAUAAAGAAAAAAUCCAUUAAGUUUGGUCACUUGGAUGUCACUUUUGGAGAAGCUUUUGAAUUUGAGGGCAGGAGACAGCAAGAGCAACAGAAGAAACCUCUCAGGCAAAUGAUGGCCUCACACAAAAAUACUAUCAGUGAAGCUGGAAACCAGACAAGUCUUGAAUUAGGGAAAGGCUUAUUUAUAAAUACAGUUCUUGUUAGACAACAAAGUGCUCCUAUAGAAAGGAUACCCAAUAUAUAUUACUUUGGGGAAGAUUUUAAACAGAAUUUUGAUCUAAUGAGAUGUUUCCAGAUUUACCCAGGAGAAAAAGCUCAUAUAAAUGAAUGUGGAAAAAGCUUCAACCAGAGUCUACAUCUUAUUGAACAGCAGAGAAUUCAUACUGGUGAGAAACCUUACAAAUGUAAUGAGUGUGAGAAAACCUUCAGCCACAGAUCAUCCCUUCUUGCCCAUCAGAGGAUUCAUACUGGAGAGAAACCUUACAAAUGUAAUGAAUGUGAGAAAGCAUUUAGCAGUAGUUCAACUCUAAUCAAACAUCUGAGAGUGCAUACUGGAGAGAAACCCUAUCAAUGCAAGGAAUGUGGUACCUUUAGCCAGUGUUCAACCCUCACUGUACAUCAGAGAAUUCAUACUGGAGAGAAACUCUAUAAAUGUGGAGAAUGUGAGAAGGCCUUCAAUUGUAGAGCAAAACUUCAUAGACAUCAAAGAAUCCAUACCGGUGAGAAACCCUAAUGUAGUGAAUGUGGGAAAAGUUACAGCCAGUUUACAUCCCUGGCUGAACAUCAGAGGCUUCAUACUGGAGAACAACUGUGUAAAUGCUUGGAAUGUGGGAGAAACUUCACUCGCAUCUCAACUAUUGAACAUCAGCGGAUUCAUACUGGACAAAAACCAUAUCAAUGUAAUGAAUGUGGGAAAGCCUUCAACCAGUAUUCAUCCUUUAAUGAACAUCAGAAAAUUCAUACUGGGGAAAAACUUUACACAUGUGGAGAAUGUGGGAAAGCCCUUGGUUGCAGAUCUAACCUUUAUAGGCAUCAGAGAAUUCAUACUGGAGAGAAACCCUAUCAGUGUAAUCAGUGUGGAAAAGCUUUCAGCCAGUAUUCAUUCCUAACUGAACAUGAGAGAAUCCAUACUGGAGAGAAACUCUAUAAAUGUAUGGAAUGUGGGAAAGCCUACAGUUACAGAUCAAACCUUUGUAGACACAAAAUUCACAAUAAAGAAAAAUUCUAUAAAUGGAAGGAAUAUGGGAUCAGAGAAUUUCUUAGAGGAGAUAAGCCUUGUGAGGUUUAAUUCAUCUCUCAAAUACUUUAAGAUUCCUCAUUGGAGAAUAAUCAGGAGAAUAAUAAAUAGGGCACAGACUUCUGAUAGAUCAAGUCUUUUUUUAUCUUCCUUCUAGAGAAAAUAGUUACCAUUAAGUAAUGGUAAAAUUAAUCAACGAAUAUUAAGAGCACUGACUUGUCAAAUUUUAUAAGAACCAGUAAAUUCUAAGGUUUCUAAAAACAUAAAAAUUUUAAAUUCAUAGAAAAUGUAAAAGGCCUAAGUUCAAAAAAAAUGAAAAUAAUGGAAUAUAAGUUUUAUUUCCUUCAUUAGACUUUAUUCCCUUUCUAACAUAAGCUUCAAUAUGAAUUUUCUUUUAAAAGCAAUCAUUGAGUUAUUAAUAACGUGAAUAAGUAUGGAGCCUUAUUUUCUAAAAUGGCAGACAGACGUAGGACAUGCUUUCUUUCAUAAAGAGAAGCUAAAGAUAGAAAAGAAUUCUUUAGAUUUUCACAUGGAAAUAAUCAAGCUCACUUUUUAUGAACUGCCUCACCAGCAAUUUAUACUUAUACAUAUAUACACAUAAAUGUGUAUGUAUGCAUGUGUAUAUAUACACACAUACACAGAAUUUUGGAUUAUAUGUAUAUUUUUCCCAAAAGUCUUUGAUGAUUGAAAAAUGUGGUUUUAUUAAUUUAGAAUUUAGUUUUGAAAAUUAAAAUUUUGCCCAGUGACGUCUCUUCCUUUUCCUGUUAUUUCUUAAUUUGAUAUGAUUGCUGAAUAGUCUUUAGAAGUUGGAGUAAACUGAAACAAGUGGAGAGACUGUCAUGCAAAUACUCUCUUGUAGGUUGCAGAAGGGAUAUAUUUCCAGAAUCUGAUUAUACACCUGGUAGCUCAUUAGAGCCAGGAGAGAUUUUAAUUUAGUUUAUUUAUAGCCUUUCAUUUUACUAAUGAAGAAAUUUAGCUUAUUGAGUAGCGUUAAGACUAGAAUCUAGGUCUUCAGUUUUCUGUGGUAAUUUUAGGUUCAUUUCCAACCUCAAAUCCCAAGAGUCCAAGUCCCAAAGCUAUUUGUUUUGUAAACUGGUUAGGCACAAUUGCAUUAAUUUAAUCAGUUUUAUUUUUGUUUGACAGGUUCCCCCUGACUUUAAUCCUAAUAAUUGACUUACAAUCAUGUUUUUCCUUUUUAUUAUAUGUCCCUCAUUAUACCUGCUUUUUUAGUAACUGUACAUAAAUCCUGAAACCCAGCUGAGGUCCAGAUAGUGAAACUGCAUUUGGGGGUUUCACAUACAAGAUUGCCUUUUUGUUUAUUUUUGUUACACAUCUUUUAGGACUUCUUUUGUGUAAAGUGAUACAUGAAUAUUUUAUUAUUAAACAUUCUAAUCAGUUUAAACUGGUUUUCCAAACAUUUUCCAUGUUUUUUAGAAAGAUUUCAUUUUCCCCUGGGCCUACUUCCUCCAAUUUUAUAUUUUACUUUCACAAUUGGUAUCAUUCAAAAAAAUUGUUCUAGUAAAAUUAUCUAGAACUCUCUACCUGAGAAAGGUUUUUAGAAUUAAACUCAAGCCUUCAGCAUUUGACUUGUCUUAGCUCAUUAGAAAGUGUUUCAUGGGAAUUCCCUGGUGGUCCAGUGGUUAGGAGUCAGUG